GUUGGUCCUCGCGGUCGGUUCAGUCGCCAGAAGAGAAGCCCACGCGCGCGUGUCUCGAAGCUUCUUCCUCAGUCAGAGUCGUCGUCCGUCGCGCAUAUCUGAAAGCUCACACGGACACGACCAGUGCCCUCUUGGCGGCCCUCGUACCACCCGUCUACUACAUCAGCGAGCGAACAACAUCGAACGCAUAAAAACGUGCGCGACUCGGACAAUUUCCUUCUUCGAACGGAAAACUGAAUUGCGCACAGUUUAACACGAAUAUGGAUCGUUACAUAAACUAGAAUUGCUCACCGGAUAAUUGACAGCAAAAGUGAACACCCGCAAAAGCCACCAUCGCAUUGGACCGCUUUGGUCACCUGUUUGCCAUCGCGCUCGGCCCAGUCAGUUGCAAUCAGACGUGUGAUGUUGCUCGGUCGGUACACGACGUGCUAAUCGGUCGUCAUUAUUCCAUCGCAAAGGAAGAAGAAGCAACCAUGAUGGAAGGAAUUCAGAGUGGUGUGGUCAAGUGCGGUGGCUAUCGGUACGAUGACGGGACACGCUACAUCGGAGACUGGAACCAGCGUGGACAGAAGCAUGGCAUGGGUUCGAUGAUGUUCUCGGAUGGGACGCGCUACGACGGAGCUUUCAGCAACGGAGUCUGCUCGGGACUUGGAGUGAUGUGCUUUCCUGAUGGUGCCAAAUACGAGGGAGAAUUCAUGCAGGGCUGGUUCCACGGCCAUGGCGUCUUCUGGCGUGCGGACGGGAUGAAGUACGAGGGUGAAUUCCGCGGCGGACGCAUUUGGGGCCUCGGAUUGAUCACGUUCAGCGAUCAGAGCCACGGAUUUCCAAGAAACGAAGGCUUCUUCCAGGACUGCCGGCUGGUGCGCAAGAAGCGAUGCACCGAGGUGAUUCAACGGGCCCAAAAAGUGGCCCUGAUGGCCCGGGCACAAUGCGAUCAGGGCAAUUGAGCGGCGCCCUUUGCCGUAUUCCCAGGGAACAGGUGAGCAGAAGGGCCACUUAUUCCAUUUGACAAAUAGAUGGCACUGUGUAAGUAAUAGGUGAGUGACGUCUGUUUAUCCGUUCCAAAGCCAUAGAUUAUAUAUUGAAGUGUAGUACAUUUCGGAUUGAUUCAACGACAUGAUGCUUUAAUUAAUUUUAGUUCCAACAUUUUAUUUGUUUGUCUGAUAGAGGUAAUAAACGGAAAUCUUUACAAUA